GUCCAACCACAAAUUAUUGAACCCACUUCUGAUGCUGCGAUUCGAAAUCAGAAUCAAAUAACCUUACCAUUGCAGACUGAUCGUCGCGUUAGAUUUAACCCCAAAGUACAACGAAAAUAUAUUGAUCGUGAACCUGAAUCUCUGAUGUAUAUCCAAGUUGUUGGUGACUCUUUCGGUAUAAAUGAUGAUUUCGAAGACAUGCAAUUUUUAGAAAAUCUCUACUGGAAGCGUGUCCAAUUAAGAGCUAAUAGAGGAACAUACACCAACCGUAGGCGACAAAAAAUCGAAGAGGCUGAAAUUGAUAUUAAAGUGUGGAGAAGACAAUAUUUUGCUG